AUGAACGGCUUCUACUCGUCCAUCGCCCACGGCCUCGACGCGCUCCACGCCACGCUGGCCUCGUCGCCGGACGCCGCCUUCAUGUCGGCGCCCUUCCUCCAGCAGGCGGCCGCGCUGCUCCGGUCGCUGCACUCGCAGCUCGUCCACCUCGUGCAGCGCCUCCACCUGCCACCAGGGGAGAGCUGGCUCGACGAGUACAUGGACGAGACCUCCCGCCUCUGGGAGGCCUGCCAGGUCGUCAAGGCCGGCGCCUCCGCCCUUGACACCUACUGCGCCUCCGCCGCACGCAUCGACGCCGCCCUCGACGACUGGCUCUGCAACCCCAACCCCCACACCGCCCGCCAGGUGAUGCGUGCGAUCAACGCGCCGCGGCGGCAGGCCGUGGGGCUGGAGCAGGAGAACCGGGCGCUCGCAGAGACCAGGAUCGACCCGGCGUCGCUGCUGCUCGACGACCGGUCGCCGGUGGAGUUCAAGCUCAACGCCUUCAACGGCUUCCGGGGCGUGCUCUACGCGCUGCGCAACGCCAGCUCCUUCCUCCUCAUGCUCCUCGUCUCAGGGACCGUCUCCUGCCUCCCGGACCUCGCCUGCUGCGCGCACCCAUUCCGCACCUCAGGCGCCGGCUACGUCUCCUCCAUGGGGCGGCUGCGCCAGCGCGUCGCCGAGGAGAUGGAGAUCGCCGAGAGGGUGGAGAUCAUCAAAGGAUGGGUCGGGAUGCUGAGGUCAGGGGCGGAGGGCGUCGUCGGCGAGCUGGACGACUUCUUUGAUGAGAUUGUGGAAGGCAGGAAGAUGCUGUCGGACCUGUGCAGCCAUCGCUGA